AUGACCGUGGAUCGUCAUGAAGAAGUACACACCAAUGAGUCCAGAUUGGUCGAUUCGAUGGUUCCUCUAGAUAAAAUCAUGCUUGGUCCUAGAAGAAAAGGUGUCGCCCGCAGCUACUAUACCGCCCUCGACACUCCGGUUCCUCGAAAGACGGACAUUAGAUCAACAGAGGUCAACCUCAACAGUGUGGACAUCACCACGAGAUACGGACAGGCAAAUGACUUUUCUCCGUACCACGCUGCCGCCAUCCAAGAAGCCACUUUCUUCUGA